AUAAUGUUUUGACUUUUGACACAAAAACUCAAACUGGCGUUGCGCACUAAAUUCAAAAUUUCAAUUAUAAUCUCAAAACACAAAUAUUUUAAUUUUACAAAAUCAAACUAAGCUAUGGACAUUUUAUUUGUUGAUAACAAACGUCAGGAUGAAAUCGAAACAUUUUAUGAAGCAUGCCAACGCCAUAGAAGCUUUUACAAGGGCGAAGCCAAUUCUCGUCAUCCUCUCAUUUAUUUCAACGACCCACAGUACAUGUGGCAGUGUCCUCCAGAAAUGACACCCACCUACCUCGGCUUCCCGGCAAGCCAUGUGAGGUACAAGCAGCCGGUGGCGCUGCCGGGGGAUAGAGGUCGUACGAGCGGCUUCCCCUCCUUGCCCGGACGCACUCUCGCCGGACGCUACAAUAAAGCGGCCUGUAAAGCUUUCAUCAGAUAGAUUUAUGCAUUAAAUCGUCAAUAAUUUUCAAAUUACAGUCAAUUCACAUAAUAAAUAAAGAUUAGGUUGUCUUUA